CAUCUUCCUUGCAUUGAACUCCUCUUCAGACAGAUAUUACCAGUGUCUUUCAGAGCAGCAGUGCAGAUAUGAGGGUGGCUCUUGUUGUCUUGUGUGUGAUGUGGCUGUCAUCAUGUGAAAGCCGCACACUGGAUCGAUGUUCUGUUGCCCGGAUCUUCAAGGAACAGGGACUGGAUGGCUACGAGGGAUUCUCGCUUGGCAACUAUGUUUGCAUGUCCUACUGGGAAAGCAGGUUUAAGACCCACAGAGUGAGGACGGCUGAUACUGGGAAAGACUAUGGAAUCUUUCAGAUAAACAGUUUCAAAUGGUGUGAUGAUGGAACUCCAGGCGGAAAGAACCUGUGUAAAGUGUCCUGCGCAGACUUGCUCAAUGAUGACCUGAAGGCUUCGAUCGACUGUGCAAAGAUGAUUGUGAAGGGGGAAGGACUGAAAUCAUGGGACACCUGGGAAAGUUACUGUAAUGGCCGUAAGAUGACACGCUGGGUGAAAGGUUGUGGUGUGCACUAACAAGAUCUUAGUGUCUCUUUAUUAAUGCCCUCAGAGUAUGCAAUCAUGCAUUUUUGCUCUUUGGCUAAAUUUUAAAACCUAAAUUGUCCUCAAUAAGAUAUGUAACCUUGCAUUGUUUUGUUCUGAGUUUAUUAAAGUAUCUUCCCAAAUUCA